GCUGCUGCCCACUCCCCACCCCCGCCAAGACGCCCGUCUCCUAAACUCGUAGUCGCGAUAGACUUGGGGGGAGGGGAUUCAAGAUUAUUAGAGCAGUUCCAGCUAGGAAUACCUGCGUGGUAUUUAAACGAAAUAAAUCUGUACAGACAUAGAUUAAAAACUGUUGGCCAAUGGAAUAUAGAAAAGCGCACAACAGGCACGGUCAUCUGGUAUCUCGCUCAGAAUGCCAAAUGAGUGUUGAAGACCCUUCCAGGUUAUAAGGAGUCGCAAAGGACAACGAGAGAGACAGAAGAGGCAUCAUGGGGGACGGAGGACCUCUGCAUAUAGAGGGUAAUGCCUUGCUCAAGGCUGUGUUCCAAGGCAAGAUGCGACUGACUCGUUUAUUGCUGGAGGGCGGAGCCUAUAUCAACGAGGGUAAUGAGCGAGGAGAGACGCCGAUCGCCGCCGCCUGCUUGGCCAGCUACGAAGAUGAUCAGACUCGGCAAAAGAUGAUCCGCUACCUCCUGGAAAAGGGGGCUGACCCGAACAUCCCCGACAAAUCGGGUCGAACUGCUCUUAUGCACGCGUGCGCAGGACAGGCGGGGAAGGAGGUGGUUGCCUUGCUCUUGGAAAACGGGGCUGAUCCGAGCCUGAAGGACUACUCGGGUUCGUCUGCUUUGGUGCACGCCAUCAACAAGGGUGACCGGGACACCCUGCAGAUCCUGCUGGACGUCUGCAAGGCCAAGGGCAAAGAGGUCAUUAUCAUCACCACUGAUACGUCCCCCUCAGGCACCAAGAAAACGAAACAGUACCUCAACUCGCCGCCCUCGCCGGGGGUCGUGGACAAGCUCUCGCCUGUCUCAUGCAUGUCCCCGUCAGAGGUGGAGAUCCGCACGGUGAACUCGCCCUCAGCGGCAGAGGAGGAGGACGGCAUCUUCAGCUUCGCACUGACUGCCGCUCUACCGCUACCUUCCAACCGACUGCCGGGUGAGAAGAGACCCCCUCCGCGCAAACUCCUGAAGAGGCUCAACUCAGAGCCCUGGGGGCUAGUGGCGCCCUCGGUGCUCAGCGGCGCCACGCAGGAGAAAGUCGAGGGUGAAGAAGAGAAGGUGAUCGCAGCGAUGAACGGCAUGUCCAUCUCGGGUCCAGGACGACCCCUGCUGUCUCGAAGACACAGCAUUGAGACGCAUGAUCCGUGCUUGACGAAGGUCAUUGAUCGCUCAUGCUCGGAGGACUGCGCCAGCCUCUGCGGCUCGUCCUGGGCGGAUAAGGUCCAGCAGCACCAGAUACUGUACCGGAGGAACACUGCCCCUGAGUCGCAGGAGGCCGCGCCUCCGCUCCCAGUAGCCCUCCGUGGGCUGGCCCAUCCCAAACUCAUGCGCAUGGAACACUACGAAUCGGACACACAUUUGUGUCCGGAGUCCAUUCCGGGUUCGCCAGACUCCGGGCGGAUGUCCGUGGAACGGCGCAAGUAUAAUGCCUCGCCGCUCUCCCUGUUGGUCAGCUCUUCCAGGGAGUCUCUGGAAAGCAUUCCCAACUCCGUGUCCCCGAUCACCAUGAGGCGUCGGCAGCCAGGGCUCCUGGAGCGCAGAGGGUCCGGCACGCUCCUCUUGGACCACAUCUCCCAGACCCGGCCUGGCUUCCUGCCCCCUCUCAACGUGAACCCCCAGCGCCCCAUUCCCGACAUCCGCACAAAUGGCAAAGCCACUUCCCCCGUCCACUCAGGGAGCAAGAUCCUGCUGCCCGUGGCGCCGGCCUCGCCCAAACGAGGCCAUGAAUUUAAGGUGAAGAAAAAGCUGAUGAGAAGGCACUCCAUGCAGACUGAGCAAAUGAAACAGCUCUCAACUUUCCAAGAAAUUCUGGCAGAGAAGGUGAUUGAGUUUAGUGGGGACUAACACAUGUACCAUGGGCACUUUGUUCGGGAAGUACAGUGAAGAUAAGAUCCUGUUGCCUAUUAUUUAGUACUUUAAAACAAACGUGCUGUGUAAGCAUUUUAAAGAGUUGAAUGUUUACAAAAGAUGUUUUGUGCAAUCCAAAGUAGAAACUGUCUUUGAAGCUUAGUCAAGGAAAAGCAUGUUUACUGAGAGUCUCCAGCUCUCUUCAACCCCAGAUUUCCUCUCCCCUCACUGGUACCAGAGAGGGAGACUAGGGAUGCGUUUAUUCUGUUAACUUGAUGUUACAAUAUUAAUAACUAAAUGUGGUCAAUAUGAGCAAAUCAAUCUUAAAAAAUACCUGUCAGUUGUAGUACUAAUCAGUAUAAUCUGCUAACCAUACAAACCAGAGCAGUUAGAUCCAUAAAUUGAAUCUAUGGAAAAUGGUUUGCGUGGAUUUAUAGUGUCAAAUAGAAAAUUGAAGUGCAACUUUAAAAGUAAAACUAUGAAAAAUAAAAUUCCAAAGAAAGCCUGUCAUCUCUGUUUACAAGAAAGGACAAAAUCUCGGAGAGUACAUCUGCCCAAUAAAUGUACAAUGAUGCAGUACCUUUCAACAAAAGAGCAUAGCACAGAAAUACUGUAAAUAUUGUACAGAAUAACACAUUGUUUUGUGUUUUAAAAAUUAACAUGUUUGUGCAAUAUGCUGUACUGCGGAGUCAAUGAUUUCUUAACUAGUUGAUGUGCAGUGGUCAUUUCAAACUUGCAGUGAAAAAUGCAAUCUGAGGUUUUGAGAUAGCCAAACAAAUGUCCUAUUUGUAAUCGUAGGCAAGAAAUAGAAAUGAUAGAAGUCUCAAAACCUCAGGUUUUAUUAACACUGAAUGUGAACUAUUCAGUAAUAAUCAAGAGAGUGACUGAUAAUAAAUUGUACACUGUGUGUAUGUCUGCACAGAUGGGUGGAUGGAUGACUGUAUUUAUGUAUGAAUGUCUGUCUGUGCAUGCAUGUAUGUGUGUGCAUAUGUGCACAGUAUGUGUGGAUUACGUGAGCUAAGAAAUCUGCCUUAGUGUCCUCAUCAAAGAAAAGCUAUUAUACCUGAGCUAUACUUUCAUUUAAGUCAGUCAGUUCAUGAUAAGUCAAAAGAAAUCUUAAGCAAUGGGGUUACCUUUAUUUGGAUCGUCAUUUUAGAGAAUUUACAAAUCAUCUGAAUAUUGUUUAUCAAAUUACAUUUUGGGCCAUAAUUCAUUUCAGUUAUACAAAGUGCAACGUCUUAAAGCUAAUCUACUAACUAAGCAAAAUCAGUUUGAUAAUUUAACAUGAUGGACUUUAAAUGCAAACAUUGAUGAGUUAGCUCAAUACUCCCACAUGCCACACGAUAGCCAUAAUUCAUAAACAAGAAUGUUGCUUUUUGUGGGAAAUGAAGUGGAACCAAGUUUGAUUGAAGACCAUCUUUCACUUAGUAUUCAUUUGAUGACUUUUUUUGAAUCUUGGAACAAUCAUGAUGAAAUGUGACCAGAAGGCUUUAAAUAUUUUUCCUACACAGAAACAUUUGAAGCCAAUUUACAACAAAAUGUCUUUCUGAGCUUACAGUGUGGUUGAUCAUAUUGCUGUUGUUAAAACAUGUCUACCUAUGAGUAAUUAAAGAAUAUUAAUAUUUUCAACAUAAUCUCUGUCUGCUGUAUUUAGUGAGCUAUUAAUUACUCAAUGCCCUAAAAUGGUUGUGUUUUUCUGUACUUAGAACUAGAAAACAGAAAACCGACUGACUCUAAAGUAAACAAUCAAGUGCAACUUAACUGUCAUUUGUAAGUAUAAACAUUGAAGAAUGAAAUUAAAAUAUCUUUACACAUACUUUUUUUCUCAUAAACUAUUGAAGUUCACAGAGACCUGUAGUUCCUGUAGUCCAUUCUUUAUUCUAAUACAAACUUUAGUUUGUACUACUAGGCUUGACAUUCAUACAGAAUUUAAUAAAUAAAACUCUUCUGUCUUAAGAUGACCUUGUAGCCAGCAAAAGCUAGACAGGGGUUCAUGAUUAGUGAAGAUUUUAUGUAUUUGUAUUUAUCCUUAUUUUAACCAGGAUAGUCACAUUGAGACAGAAGUCUUUUUUCCAAGUGAGCCAUGAAAAGAUCUUGCAUUAUUCAAUGAGCACCCGUGCAGGUAAACAAGAAUGUAGAAAAGGAUGACUAUGAUGCGGCAGUAUUCCUUUUAAGUUGUCAGUAUGUCAUGUGUCAGUAAAAGGGUGAUUUAUGUGGGAUUUGACCAAACACAAUCUACUCCUGCACAUGACACUGAUAGGAGACUGCCCCCUGGUGGAUUGCAAAGAAAAGAUGUAGGGAAAAAAACGUGUCUUCAAAAAACUUUUCUUCUAAAUUAAUCAUAAACCAUAGCUUUAAAUCACAAACUUUUUAGAACAGAGUGAAUGUGUCAUAUAAAAAUGUAUAAAAAUAUAUAAAAAAUGUUACCCUUCAGAAUUUAACAUUUGCUGGUAUGCUAUGUGCAUGUGCGUAUUGCUGAUAUGAUUUUCUUGUAAGUCUGUGGAGAUAACAGACAACAGAUUUUCUGUUAUGUUGCUGAUGUAAGGAGACACACAGAAGUGAUAGUAAUGCAUGGACGAUAGAGAGGUAAGGUUGAAAACAUACCUACAGUGUCCAAUUGAGUAUCAACGGUAAUCAUCAACAGUAAAGAAUCUAAUUGUGCUUGUACACAAUGGAAUAAUAUUUUUGUACAUCUGUAUUAAUAACAACUCUCAUUUGCAUACAUCAGCUAUUUUUGUAAUCUUAAAUAUUUCCCUCUUAUGAGAAGAAGGCCUAACUGCUGGUUAAUUUUGUAUGUCCUAUAUGUGUCCUAGGCUAAUAGAAAAUAUGUAAGGUGAACUUUUCAGUAUCAACUCUAAUCUAAUGAUUAUAAAAUCACCUAGUUCAUCCUGCUUGAAAGAUGGUAAAGGUUGUAAUCUCUGUUGGUACAAAAUACCUGUCUAGAAACAUACUGUAAACAGAGUCAACUGUUCAGCUCCACUGCAAUAGAGCAGCAUGGUGACCAGAUUUUAAUAGGCCCACUUCAGGCAAGUGUCCAUGGUAGUGAUUACUUCUAACUACAGCUGAUAAACUCAAGCUCCCAUUCACCUUACCCUGUAACAAUUAAACAGAUUAUGUACACAAUUAUGCAAUAAUAGAUUUAGCACUGUAGUUUGGAAAACACUGUGCAAUUAUAAGUCGUUAUUAUUAUUUUUUUAUUAUUAAAAACGUAACACAUUUCAGUUCUGAUUAGGACUUGUGUGCUCAUGAUGACUUUCCCAUUUCUAGUUAAGGGCAACUUUGGCUCUGAAUUAUAAAGAUAAUCUUUAGAUCUCCAAUUCAAAAUGCAGUUAGGUUAUUGAACAUAGUGAAAAAAAACACCUUUACUGAGUGCUGGAUAUUUGUUUGAUUUAGUUUUAAUAGACUUGUUACUUGGCUAUUUAUUGUGAUUUGUAUUUUUGAUGUACUGACUUAGAUCAUAAGAAAGUCUAACCCAUUUGUUUUCAGAGUUACGCUAUGUAAAUAUUGGACCAGUUUAACCACGCCACAAAAAAACCUAAUAAAGACCUGGUCUAUUAAAAUGUGGUGCAAAGGUUUGCUUUAUUUAGAUCUAUGCUUUUGAGCCUAUUAGGUUAUAUCCUAUUAUCUCUCCCACUCAUCUGAAAUUAACUCUGGUUCAGGCAUCUUUCAUAUCUAAUGACACAAUGACUACCAUUUUUCUUGAGACCACUAGAAAUUUUCUGGGGAAACAGCCACCGGUAAUCAAGGCAAAAUUUUGCGGGGUUCAUGUCAAAAGGCAUGACUGUCCUCAAUGCUGAAACAUCAGUUGCUCAAUUCCACCUAUCUCCAAACUUCUUUGAGAUAGGUGUAUCUGUGUAUAAUGAAAGAAAACGCUUCUACCUCCACCUAGAGCCUGUUAUUUGUUUUGCAAAAAUAUACAGCUCCCAGUUCUUCUGGUCCAAUCAGUGCAGGGAUGUGUGAGAUCUGACUGUCAAUCACAGUUCGUGCACACACCACAGAUCCCCCCAUCCCCCCUCGCGCAUGUUAUAAUAUCGCACAAACUCGAUGGGAGGGUGCUUGGUGGUAGUGGGGGAGGGGCGUGAGAGUUGAAAACAUUCAUUUUGGCCCCUCAAUCUGCCAGACUUGCCGACAUCAGCUUUAAUUACUUUCACUAUUGACUGACAAGGGGUUAUCAUCGAAAACAUGAAAAAAGCAACACUUACCCCAAUAAUGUUGGAAUAAACUGAAUAAAAAUCUUAAGGCUAUUUAUCCUGCAGUUAAGUUAUUUGGGACUGCUUGCUAAGAGCUGCUUACAUCUUGUGACAGUGUGUCUUCAGCUGUGCUUUACAUGUGCCUUUCUCUAUAGACCAGGUUUUUCUUGGU